GCCAUAUUUCCAGGUAGAAUUGGCACUAUUUACAGGAUGCAGCAGAGCCUGCUCCUUCAGCACUCGGUGCCCAUCUCUCCUUGCUUCAUGGCUUCGUCGACACUGCUUCUCAUUCUCUCCUCUCUCCUGCUCUUCUGCUCAUCUUUCUGCUCCGCGGCGAGCCCGCACGCCCUCGUCCUUCCGGUCAAGAAAGAUGCUGCCACUCUGCAGUACGUGACCCGCGUCUACCAGAGGACCCCUCCCGUGCUCCUCGAGCUCGUCGUCGACCUCGGAGGCCGCUAUCUGUGGGUCGACUGCGAUGCCGGCUACGUUUCCUCCACCUACCGCCCCGCCCGCUGCCGCUCGGCUCAGUGCUCGUUAGCGAACUCCUUCAGCUGCGGUGACUGCUCCGCCGCCCCCCGGCCCGGUUGCAACAACAACACCUGCGGGCUUGCUCCGGAGAACCUCUUCAUCCGCACCAGCACGUUUGGUGAGCUGGCCGGGGAUGUCCUUUCGCUGGCGUCAACCGAUGGAUCCAACCCGGGCGCGCUCGCGACUGAUCCACGCUUCCUCUUCUCCUGCGCGCCUACCUUCCUUUUGAAAGGCCUCGCCAAGGGCGCCAAAGGCAUGGCGGGCCUCGGUCGGAACAAGGUCGGGGUGCCAUCACAACUCGCGGCCGCUUUCAGCUUCCACCGGAAGUUCGCGCUUUGUCUCUCAUCCUCGACGUCAUCGGACGGCGUCAUGUUCUUCGGUGACGGGCCAUACAGGUUCCUGGGCACCCUCAACUUGGACGCGUCACAAUCGCUUUCCUACACGCCGCUCCUCAUCAACCCGGUGAGCACCGCCGGCACCUACGUGCAAGGAGAGAAAUCCGUAGAGUACUUUAUCGAGGUCAAAUCGAUCCGGAUCAACGGCAACUCCGUACCGCUCAACAAGACGCUACUCUCCAUCGACAAGGACGGCGUUGGCGGGACCAAGAUCAGCACAGUCACCCCCUACACGACACUCCAGACAUCCAUCUACAGGGCGGUCACGAACGCCUUCGCAGCAGCAUUAGCUGGUGUCCGCAGGGUUCCUCCCGUCGCCCCGUUCGGAUUGUGCUUCGAUCCGUCGAGCAUCGGGAGCACGAGAGUUGGGCCUGCGGUGCCGCAGAUCGACCUGGUCCUGCCGAGCCAGAACGUGUACUGGAGGAUCUUUGGGGCAAACUCCAUGGUUCAGGUGAGAGACAAGGUACUGUGUUUGGGCUUCGUCGACGGAGGCGCUGAACCGAGGACGUCCAUAGUGAUCGGUGGAUAUCAGCUGGAGGACAACUUGCUGCAGUUCGAUCUGGCGACGUCUAGGUUGGGAUUCAGCUCAUCGCUUCUGUUCAGGCAGACAACCUGUGCCAACUUCAACUUUACGUCCAGCUCUUAGUUGCCCCCCUUCUCUGCUUUCCUGCCAUGGACGCGGCUUUUCGUUUCUUUUGCUUUAGUCCUCGAAUAAACGUUUGUACGCCUUCGGAUUAGAACUACUAAUGCAACCGACAAAUGUGCUGGUCAACAUAA